GCACAAUGUUUCUUUUUUUUUUCCUUUCAUUUUGAUGUCACAAGUCACAACCAUUGAAAGAGACAGGGACCUAAAUGCCAUUAUCACAAACCUGAACCCCCUUUCUGCAAUUCCAUUGAAACCUUCUCUCUCCCACUUCCAACUUCUUUACCUUCACUUCCACUCACUCCACACACAAAGUGGUGGAACACCAACAACAACAACAUCAACAGUAACAGCAACAAGAAGAAGAAGAAGAAGAAGAAGAAGAAGAAUCUCUUCACUCUUCUGCACUGAAAGUUUCCAAAUGGGGACUCGAAUCCCUUCACACCAGCUCAGCAGCGGGCUCUACGUCUCGGGUCGACCCGAACAACCGAAAACCGAGCGCCAGCCAACAAUGGCGUCGCGGUCGGUUCCAUACACCGGCGGCGACCCAAAGAAAUCCGGCGAGCUCGGGAAAAUGCUGGAAAUCCCCACCCUCGAUCCCACCAAACCUUCGCGCGCCUCUUCCUCCUCUCAGCAGAGUAGCGGCCCGGUGAGAUCCGGACCCAAUUCGGGUCAUGCUGGGAGAACCAGCGGUUCGGGUCCGUUACCGAGGAAAUCUUCCGGGUCUGGUCCGAUAGGUCCGACGGGGCUGAUAACGUCGGGUCCGAUUGGGGGUGGUCGGCGGUCGGGUCAGCUGGAGCAGCCAACCGGGUCGGUGGGGAAGGCGGUAUACGGGUCGGCGGUGACGAGUUUGAGCGAGGAGGUGAAGGUGGGGUUUAGGGUUUCGAGGGCGGUGGUGUGGGUGUUUCUGGUGGUGGUGGCGAUGAGUUUGCUUGUUGGGGUGUUUCUGGUGGUGGCGGUGAAGAAGGCGGUGAUCUUGGUGGCGUUAGGGGGGAUUAUUGUGCCUGUUGUGGUGUUGAUGAUUUGGAAUUGUUGUUGGGGAAGAAGAGGGCUUUUAGGGUUUGUCAAAAGGUACCCUGAUGCUGAGCUUAGAGGUGCCAUUGAUGGACAGUAUGUCAAGGUUACUGGGGUUGUAACCUGUGGCAGUAUUCCUUUGGAGUCGUCCUACCAAAGAGUACCUAGAUGUGUAUAUGUCUCCACUGAACUAUUUGAAUAUAAAGGAUUGGGUGGAACAUCAGCUAAUCCCAAACAUCGUUGCUUAUCCUGGGGUUCUAGAUACUCCGAGAAAUACGUAGCAGACUUCUAUAUAUCAGAUUUCCAGACUGGAUUAAGAGCAUUAGUGAAAGCAGGCUAUGGUGCCAAGGUUGCUCCUUUCGUGAAUCCAACUACUGUAGUUGAUGUAACAAAGGGAAACAGAGAGUUAUCUCCAAAUUUUGUUGGCUGGCUUGCAGAUCGCAAACUCUCUAGUGAUGACCGGAUAAUGCGCCUCAAGGAAGGGUACAUCAAAGAAGGUAGCACCGUGAGUGUGAUGGGAGUUGUCCGCCGACAUGAUAAUGUGCUCAUGAUUGUUCCUUCAACAGAGCCUGUCUCAACAGGCUGUCAAUGGCUCCGCUGCCUUUUGCCAACCUAUGCCGAAGGUCUUAUCUUAACAUGCGAGGAUAAUCAAAACAGUGAUGUUAUUCCUGUUUAGUAUCUUGCUUGCUGUUUUCCUUGGAAAGGCAGUGUUGCAACUUGCAAUACUGAAAUGGCAAAAAAACUAAUGGGGGAAGUCCUACACUACAGAAUCUGAAUGUAUUCCACUAGCAAGUUUUUCUGUAAAUUGGCUUGGAAGAAGAGAUGCAAAGUAGAUAACUAAUAUUGUCAUAGUAAUCAGAAUAUGACGUGAGGAUCCAUCAAGGGUGUAAUAUCCACGUUUCCACGAAGUUCCACAUUGUCCUUUUUUCUGCUUAUUUUAUGUACAUAGGUAGAGUUGCCCGAAGGGGUUCAAAGUAAUGUAUUAGUUAAUUGUAAGCCGGAAUGUAGCUUUGUAUUAAUUGCCAGGUAUGAGUUAAGUUGUAUUCAUAAGUUGAUAUAUUGUGUACCGCUCUUGUUAGCGGCUGUAAAAGCUGAAAACCAUCAAAUGUUACCACAAUUUGUAUAAAUGUUGCCUAAAAGUAAGUUUUAGCUUUCGUUUUUGUGUUA